AGUUCAGCUGCCGGCCACGGCGGUCAGAUGGCGCUGGUCGAGUACAGCUCCAGCGAUGAAUCCAACGAGGAGGAGGAGGAGGAGCAGCAGCCGAUGCCGCCAGCAGUAGCGGCGGGCCGACCCGCGACGAAUCUGGCCCACCCGGUGUCCACUGUGGGUCCGGUGUCCGCUGUGGAUCCAGCGUCCCCUGCGGAUCCGUUGUCCGCUGUGGACCCGGUAUCCGCUGCGGAUCCGAUGCAGCAGCGGAGAGACAGCCCGGUUUCCGUGGCCAUGGUGGACAUUACUUCCGGCGCAGAGAACCGCAUGGACCUUACCGCCGAUGGGGUGGACCAGAUGGACUUUGCUAGCGGUGGAGGCGAUCACGUGGAAGUCGUCUCCGGCACAGCGCACGGCACUGCCGGUAAAGUGGACCUCGUGGACCUCACAUCCAGUGCAGUGGACAACACGCUCAGUGGAACAGAUCCCGUGGAGCUCAUCUCCCCCGCGACGGACGGCGCCGGCGCGGUGGAGCCCGCGGCGGCCGCCGGCACGCCCCAGGACGUGGAGACGAGCGCCGGGGUGGUGGUGCUCCCGGUGAGGACGGUGUGGGACAGGGGGACAGGCAUCAUAGAGGGUGCAGGCAAGGGAACGCGCUCGGAGGACUCCGAGUCCGACUCGGACUCGAGCUCCGACUCCGACUCGAGCUCCGACUCGGACGGCCAGGAGGUCGCUGAGAAGGAGGAGGAGGAGGAGGAGGAGGGAGGCGAGAAGGACAAGGCUCGGCGUGUCUUCGGGCCCAUGACCAAAGGAGAACUAUGCCUGCUGGACUUACCGGCCAUCGAGCACCUGCGCAUCUCGCUGCCGGAGGAGCAGUGCACGCGCGUGGGCACCGUGGCCAGCGUCGUCGAGUGUCUCGUGGUGGUACAGUCGACUCCCGGCUCGCCGCCGCUCGACAUCGACUCGGUGCUGUUCCUCGAGAGCGGCCGCCGCCCUCUCGGCCGCGUCUAUGACGUCAUGGGGCCGGUCCACCACGCCGCCUACUGCGUGCGCUUCAACAGCCCAGAGGAGAUCCGCGAGUUCGGGAUAGAGGCGGGCGCGGACGUGUUCUACGCACCCGGCUCGGACGAGUACAGCCAUUACGUGUUCGUGGAGGCGCUGCGCAAGUUGCGGGGCUCGGACGCCAGCUGGUGGGACUGCAAUGAGCCGCCGGAGAACUGCCGCGACUUCUCCGACGACGAGGAGGAGCGGGCGCACCGGCGCCAGGCCAGGAAGCGGCCGUUGCAGGGAGGUGCGCCCCCGGCCGCGGCGGCGUCAUCGUCGGAGGGUGGGCCGCCCCGACCCGCGCGGGGUCGAGGUCGCGGUCGGGGUCAGCCGCAGCCGCGCCCGCCCUGGAUGCCGGCACCGCCCCGUAACCCUUUCUACGGUCACCGGCCUCCAUCCAGCGGCGGCCCGCCACAGUCGUGGUGUGCGACGCCGCCACCCACCUGGCCGCCACCAGCUUUCCACACCGCGCCGCCGCCGCCGCCCGCGGCGUUCAACGUGCCUCCGCCGGGCCCUUUCGGUCAACCGCCGCCAUCUUUCUCGCGGCCGCCGCCGCCGAUCGGCGUGCCACCUACCGGCGGCCCCAGGCAACAGCCGCCGCCGCCCUGGGCACAGCCCGGCUUCUGGGGCCGGUGACGUCACGCCACCACUAUUGUGCUGGCGGAGGAACUGAAUACAUGGCAAGGACAAACGCGUCGAA